AUGACAUCUUUCAAAACUUUGGCUAUUCUCGCUAUUUUGGUGGCUGUUUCUUUGGCGCAAUUUGGUGGACAAGGUGGAUCUGAUUCAAACUCACAAGGAUCACAAUCUGGAUUCUCAGUGAACUCAACGUCCGGUGGUUUUGGUGGAAAUGGAAAUCAAGGUGGAUUUGGUGGAUCUUCGAACAACAGCUCCUCAUCAAAUGGCGGACAACAAAAUCAACAAGGGGGAAAUGGGGGAUUCUCAAGCAACUCGACUUCGGGUGGAUUUGGAGGAAAUCAACAAAAUGGAGGAUUUGGUGGAAACCAAUAA